GGGCGCGGGGCGGUUGCGGCAGCCGAGGGGUUCGGGAGCUGCGGGGGCGUGCGGGCGUCUCGGGCCGCUCGGUCCCUCCAGCCGCGUCCCUGUCCCGCCCGGGGGGCCGGGCUGAGCCGUCCGGGAAGGGGCCAGGUCUGUGCCCGCGUGGCCCGGGGCGGAGGGAAGGAGGGAGGAAGGAAGAAGGGGUCGUGCGGCAGGGGAGGGGCGGCCAUGUCGGGGCCGCGCGGCGCCUGAGGGGGUAACGGUCUCCUCCGCGGCGACGCCCCAGAGCUGGCGGGCGGGCGGGCGGCCCCUGCCUGCGGCGAGGGGGAGGGACGCCUCCGUUGUGCCGGAAGGGAGAACAGGGCCGGCGGGGAGGCUCGGUGCCCUGCGGGGCGGUGGUUGUGGGCGCUGGUUACCGAGCUCUCCGGGGCUGCUCCGGGCGCGCCGCUGCGGGGCUAGCUCCCUCCCGUUGCUGGGCGGACGGCGGCUGCGGGCGUCCGCAGACGGGCUGCGGUGCGUAUGUGCUUCUGUCUCUGUCGACCCCUCUUCGUGUUGGAGCUCUCCGUCUUCUCUAAUAAACUCUCUGCCUUGCUUCUCCCCCGCCCCCCGGGCUUCUGCUUUGUGGAUGUUGGCGGCUUCUUGUUGUGACAGGAGAAUGUGUGUGUGCCCUGGGCCCAGGCGGAUCGCAAUUCCAGUCCGAAGCUCCAGGCUACCAUUGUUGUCUGAUGCCAUGCCAGCACCAGCUCAUCUCUUCCCAUUGAUUCGUAACUGUGAGAUUAGCAGAAUAUGCAGUACUGUGUGUUACUGCCACCAUAAACAUCUGUGUUGUUUAUCAUCUCAUUUUGCUCACAGUCACUUCAGAUAUGCACCUCAGAAGAAAUUUGCAGCACUCUGUCGGCCAAAGGAAAACUUUAAUCACUUUAUUCACAAAGCGGAUUAUGCUUCAACACCACAGAGAUUUUACCUGACUCCUCCACAGGUCAAUAGCAUUCUGAAGGCAAAUGAAUACAGUUUCAAAGUCCCAGAAUUUGAUGGUAAAAAUGUAAGUUCUAUUCUUGGCUUCGAUAGCAACCAGUUGCCUGCUAAUGCUCCAAUAGAAGACCGGAGGAGUGCUGCCACUUGCUUACAGACAAGAGGGAUGCUUCUAGGUGUGUUUGACGGCCAUGCAGGCUGUGCUUGUGCUCAAGCUGUCAGUGAAAGACUGUUCUACUAUAUCGCUGUCUCUCUGUUACCUCAUGAGACUUUACUUGAAAUAGAAAAUGCUGUGGAAAGUGGCAGAGCGCUGUUGCCCAUUUUACAAUGGCACAAGCAUCCCAAUGAUUAUUUUAGCAAAGAAGCUUCCAAGCUUUACUUCAAUAGUCUGAGAACUUACUGGCAGGAGCUGAUUGAUCUCAACACUGGAGAGACUACUGAUGUGAAAGAAGCUUUAAUUAAUGCUUUUAAGAGGCUUGAUAAUGAUAUUUCUUUGGAAGCUCAAGUAGGAGAUCCAAAUUCUUUUCUUAACUACCUUGUACUGCGAGUAGCAUUUUCUGGUGCGACUGCCUGUGUGGCCCACGUGGAUGGUGUUGACUUGCAUGUUGCAAACACAGGUGACAGUAGGGCAAUGCUCGGUGUUCAGGAAGAAGAUGGUUCUUGGUCUGCGGUUAAUUUGUCCUAUGACCACAAUGCACAAAAUGAACAUGAAAUAGAACGUGUGAAAAUGGAGCAUCCGAAGUCUGAAGAGAAAAAUCUCGUGAAACAAGAUCGUCUCCUAGGUCUCCUGAUGCCUUUUAGAGCUUUUGGUGAUGUGAAGUUUAAAUGGAGUAUUGAAUUACAGAAGAGAGUGGUAGAAACAGGCCCAGAUCAGCUGAAUGACAAUGAAUAUACAAAGUUUAUUCCUCCAAACUAUCACACUCCCCCGUACCUCACAGCUGAGCCAGAAGUCAUAUACCAUAAAUUACGGCCUCAGGAUAAGUUCCUGGUUCUGGCCACAGAUGGGCUGUGGGAGACGAUGCACAGGCAAGAUGUAGCUAGAAUUGUAGGGGAGUACCUCAGCGGUGUUCACCAUCAACAGCCAAUAGCUGUUGGUGGCUACAAAGUAACUUUGGGACAGAUGCACGGCCUCUUAACAGAAAGGAGAGCAAGAAUCUCUUCAGUGUUUGAAGAUCAGAAUGCAGCAACUCACCUGAUCCGUCAUGCAGUGGGUAACAAUGAGUUUGGCACUGUAGAUCAUGAGCGCCUGUCCAAGAUGCUUAGUCUUCCAGAAGAGCUGGCUCGAAUGUAUAGAGAUGACAUGACUAUUAUUGUGGUGCAGUUCAACUCUCAUGUUAUAGGUGCAUGUCAAAAUGAAGAACUCUGAAUUUCAUGUAGUGAACUAGUUACCAAAGUUAUAACAGUGGCCAGUAUGAGCAGCAAAUAAAAAACAACCCCACAACAAUAAAACCCCUGAGCAAACGAAUUGGUUGCUUGCUAGAUUGAGUGUAUCUUUUGUUCCUGCCUUCCCCCAGAGCUCUAAAUACAUCAGAAGUGCUAUUGACCUAAUAUAAACUUGAAGAAGAUGUCACAGUGUGGGAAAAGGGUUUGUUUGGGGUUUUUUUGGUAAUAACUUUGCACUAUUGAUUUAAUGAAUGCUGCUAGAACAGUGUCUUGAAUUUGGCAGAUCUGGAUGAGAGAGGGAAGGAGGAUAAAGAAUUAACUAUCAAAGAUCUGGCUGUUCAAGAAACAGCCUGUUCAUAAAUAUCUGUAAAUAUCUACACAUUAUCUUAAGCGAAAGAUGAGUAAAAGGAAUAUUGUUUAAUUCUUAUGGGGCUAAAUCUUGCAAAGUAGAUAUUAUUGGUUAUUUGUGAAUAUAUUGUCUACUGUUUAUUCUAAGCCGAAGGUCACUUUAAACAGGCAAGUCUUCAGUGUAACAGAGUUCUCACUUCCAAAUUGAUAAUGUCAUUCACUUAAGGAUAUUUGUCUAGGUGUUGACUUUCAAUGCAGGUCUAAGCCAUAAUCAGUACCUGAGAUUAUGGUACAGCUUGAUCAUAUUUUAUGCAUGGUAACUUCUGAACUUCCUGUGCAUCAAUAGUUUCUUUACUGUGGGUUUCUGCACAGCUUGUAGGGCAAUAAUGCAUUACAACAUGCAGUAAGAUACCAGAUAACUGUGGAGACCUUCAGUUCGUAGUAUGAAGAAACUUUCUAUCUUUCUAAAAAGUCAGUGUUGUCAAGAUUGUGUUGGCUUUCCUAAAGGUCAUGUCUUUCAUGGACUCCACCCUGUCUGGUGUUACUUGGUAAAUAAAUUUUCACCUGGAAAGAUCAGAAAACUACUGCUAACUUCUUUGUGGCUUUGUAAUUUGCACUCAUUUUCACUUUGGCUAUUUCAGAUGGUCAUCUGUUGAAUGUCUUGCACUUGAACUCUUAUUUGUAAGUUAAAAACUAGAAAUUACAGAAAAAAAGUAUGGCUUGUAAAUGUUUUAGUUGGGAAACUAACUAGCAUGCAUGCAUAUGUUUAAUGGCUUUUUCUAACAACUUCUUCACUAGAAUUUCUGUAUUUCUGGACAGCUGGUUGUAUGCAUGUCCUUAUGUCCAGAAUGCUUUCACAGAGCUGUCUCUGAAAUGGGUUUCUCUGGCUCUUUGAAUUAAACGAUUGGCUGUAACUUGUAUCUUAAAGUUGUUGGGCUUGUAACUGUAAAAAGUCAGACUGCCAACUAAUUUGUCAUCACUGCAUCUAUUUUAGGUAUAUACAUUGUAUACAGAUUUAUUUUAACCUGCUCAGGCUCAAAACUCAAAUGCUGCCUGAAAUACCAGCCCUUGACCAGUGUGAGAGAACACAUGUAACUUGAUUCCUGUGUUCGGGACAACAAGCAUAGGUCAGUUUACUUCACUUUAAAAAGCUGUUUCAGUUAAAAUACCUCCCUAGCCUUUAUCAUAGGUAAUUAAACCAGCACUUCAAAAACCUAAUUUAUUUUGGUUAGUUGUUUAACGUGGCAUUUUCUACUUAAUACAAAUUUUGCCGACCAAUGCUACUGUUACAUAGGGUGCACUCAGUUUAAAUAAAGGACCUGUGCAAUAGUAAACAUUGGCUCUUCAAACUCACAAAUGCUACGUGUACUUAGUAGCCUGCAGCUUUAAUAUCUUUCUUUACCCAACCUUAAAUAUCAGGAAUGGUGUUGUUGUAAGGUGUUAAUGAUAUCUAAGUUUGCAUUCAAGAUGUUCACAACUCUUUAUUUGAAGGAAAAAGUGGAACUCUAAAAGUGCUUAGAAAAAUAUUGACAUUGCUUCUGUGUUUUGAUGACUGUCAUUAGCUAGGUCAAUAGAAUUUAUGUUCUGUAAUUCAAAUGCAAUAUGUAUCUAAGCUGGUGCAGUAUUUAUCUUUCUUUUUUACUGUUAAAGCUCUAUUAUUACAGAUAUUGAUGUAUUUAAUCUAUGAUUAUAGGUAUGGAUUUGGUACAAGUCAUAGCUAGAAGAAAGGAACAUUAGUCCCAUGAAUACAACUUUUAUUGAGGAAAAGCUGCUUUUUGUACUAAAGAUGCAAUUGUAUGGGGUCAGACAAAAAUAUUUAUGUAUUGAUGGGAGACUUGCUCAGUAUGUAUGCAGUGAACAGAAGCAGCAUAACUAAUUGCCUGCUGAACAGGUGAUCUUGAACAAUCAUCUUUUAGCAGAUUUCAAUAAAAUGUUCAAUUAUGCAGAAA